AUGAACAGAGCUACCGGAAGUCGGGUGCUAUGGCGAGCACCGCGACUACUGCUCCGGCUACGCUCCGUUUCGACGUUGAGCACCAACCCUCACAUUUAUGUUUUCAAGGACCCUCAAAACCCCUCCUCUCAUCUCCUGUCGCUCCUCUCCACGGAUCCUCCCUCACCUUCGUUAGCCAUUGGCACCGCAACGCAACUCCCACCCACGCCUCGAUCCUUUACCGAAAACCCCAAGUUCCUCCCUAUUCUUCACUCCGUCAUUGGCGAGAAUGCAUCCUCCGACCCCGAGGUCCAAUCGCAAGCCGCGGCAAUGGUAUCCUCGUCCGGAGCGUCCUUCUUUCAGACCGCCCGCCGCCAGCAGACAGGCUCCUCGGGCGCCAGCGACCAGGGCGGCUAUGGCAGCGCUGGUCGGGGAGGCUGGGUCCACGUCUCUGAUCAACGGCGCAUACCGGACUUUGGACGCAUCGCGGAGCCGGAAGAUAUCUUCGGCAGCGUGGAAGUCGAUGGGCAAGGGAAAUUCGUCGAUGGGCACGGAGGCUACCAGCCCAGUGGGACGUAUCGUAUCUGCACAAACGAUGGGAUCCUGGGCCUGACAGACUUCAUGAGGCAGAGAUUGGUCGAGAGGCUGAAGGUACAAGAGGCGGCGGAGAGGAACAAGCAGUGA